UCCUCCCUCCCUCCUUCCCCUGAAGAGGAGGGAGGCGGGCCUGCCUUCCUGCCUGCACAGCCCCUUCCUCCCUUGCUCCGGCCUGCCGCCUUGGCCUUCCUCUCCCCCUUUCUCUCCCUGUCUCCUACUCCUCUUCCGCCAUGCUGGACUUCGCCAUCUUCGCCGCCACCUUCCUGCUCCUCUUGGUGGGAGCCGUGCUUUAUCUCUACCCGUCUUCCAGGCAGGCCUCGGGCAUCCCAGGGAUGACUCCAACAGAUGAAAAAGAUGGGAACCUCCCAGACAUUAUGACUAGUGGGAGCUUGCACGCUUUCCAAGUCCAUCUCCACGAGAAAUACGGCCCCGUGGUCUCUUUCUGGUUCGGACGACGGCUUGUGAUCAGCCUCGGGUCCAUUGAUCUCCUGAAGCAGCACAUCAACCCCAACAGAACAUCCGACCCCUUUGAAACAAUGCUGAAAUCUUUGUUAAGAUACCAGUCUGGCCUAGGUGGAGAUGUGGGCGAGAACUGCUUGAGGAAGAAGUUGUACGAAAAUGGAGUAACCAAAUCACUGCAGAGUAAUUUCCCUGUCAUCCAAAAGCUAUCCGAGGAGUUGCUAGCAAAAUGGCUGUCUUUCCCAGAAUCCCAGCAUGUGCCCUUGUGCCAGCACAUGCUUGGGUUUGCAAUGAAGGCCGUGACGCAGGCCGCCAUGGGCAGCCGGUUUGAGAAUGAUCAGGAAGUGAUCCGAUUCCGAAAGAACCACGAUGCGAUCUGGGCUGAAAUUGGAAAGGGUUUCUUGGAUGGGUCACUUGACAAAAGUAUGACCAGAAAAAAGAUAUAUGAAGAUGCCCUGAUGGACAUGGAAUUGGUCUUGAAGAAAGUGAUAAAAGAGCGACAGGGAAAGAACUUGAACGGGUACAUCUUUAUAGAUUCACUACUGCAGGGGAACCUAAGUGACAAGCAGGUUUUGGAGGACACAAUGAUAUUCUCAUUGGCAGGCUCCAUAAUCACUGCAAAAUUGUGCACCUGGGCUGUCUACUUCUUGACUACUUCACCAGAGGUCCAGGAAAAGCUUUACAAGGAGAUGGAUCAAGUUCUUGGGAAAGGCCCAGUAACACAUGAGAAAAUUGAACAACUCAGAUAUUGCCGGCAAGUUCUCUGUGAGACUGUGCGGACAGCAAAACUGACACCGAUUGCUGCAAGGCUUCAAGAGCUGGAGGGCAGAGUUGACCAACAUAUUAUUCCCAAAGAGGCUCUUGUACUCUAUGCUCUUGGCGUGGUGUUGCAGGACAGCUCAGCUUGGCCUUUGCCUUACAAGUUUGAUCCUGACAGGUUCAGUGAUGAAUCUGCAAUGAAAAACUUCUCCCUUAUGGGUUUUUCAGGAAGCCAGGAAUGCCCUGAACUAAGGUUUGCCUAUGCGGUUGCGACAGUCCUGCUGAGUGUGAUUGUGAGAAAACUUCACCUGCACCCUGUGAAAGGUCAAGUCUUGAACACCAAGUUUGAGCUUGUCACAUCACCAAAGGAAGAAACAUGGAUAACCAUAUCCAAGAGAAGCUGAGAAAGAGUAUAAAGUCAUAUUUUGGCAGAAGAGUCUUCUUAACACCAGUUCAUCACCAUUUUGGUGUUAUAGGGCAACGAUCUCUAGGCAUUCUCAGCCUAAGAUGCUUCCCCUGUUCCUGAACUGAAAUGGUCUCACCACAGUAAACUCCAGUUUGCCUUUUGCCUUAUUGUAAACCAACAUGUAGGGUUCAGGAAAUAGUAUAAUUUUGGUUGGGUUUCAAAAAAGAAAUUAGAGACACUCUCAGAAAUCAGAACUGCAAGGGAAGCACAUGGAAAAUUGUGGUAAGGUGUUCUGCACGUGGACAAAGGAAUCUUUUGUAAAACUUUUUGUAUAUAUAAUAAAAAUCACAUGUUCAGAAUUAAAAUGUCACACAGAGAUUCCCAGUGCGGAUGGAUCCCAGUGAGGCCAGAUCUUAAAUGUAAGCCCUGAUUUGGCAACAAAAGACAUAGGCCAGCACACUGUUCAUUAAAAAGACUAAACUGGAUGCUAGAAGAAUUAUUAAAAAUAUUUAAAGUGUCUUCAGAAAUUGUAGUUGCCACUACUUUGUCUUGAGCUGUGGUUAAGGUAAUUUGUUUUGUAAUAGAAUUGGAGAAGUCUAUUGAUGAGUGUUUGAGAUUGCUUCCAAAAGCAGAUAGGAUACUACCACAAAUACACAGAAUGCUUAUUUAUACCUCUUUCAGGGUUUGAUCCAAUGUAAAUUAGUCAUUAUAAAAUGGACAAAGUUAACCAGGAGUUUCCAUAAAGGCACUUAGUGGCAUGAAUGUGAACUGGAUGGGAAGUGGACUAAUUCAAGUGUGGUUCAAUACAGACAGAAUCCAUACAUAAUAUUAGUCAAAGUGGUUUUGUUUACUGGGUUGUUGUAGGUUUUUUCAGGCUAUAUGGCCAUGUUCUAGAGGCAUUCUCUCCUGACUUUUCGCCUGCAUCUAUGGCAAGUGUCCUCAGAGCAAGCAUCCUCACUACCUCUGAGGAUGCUUGCCAUAGAUGCAGGCGAAACGUUAGGAGAGAAUGCCUCUAGAACAUGGCCAUACAGCCCGAAGAAACCUACAACAACCCAGUGAUUCCAGCCAUGAAAGCCUUCGACAAUACAUUGGUUUUGUUUACUUUGGAAUAUAUUCACCGCAAGUUACCUACCAGUAGAAGGAUAUUGUCUUGCUAUUUUUUUUAACCCACAGCUGCUUCUAUAGAUUUUGGAGAGAGGUCAAGCCAUUUCUACUAAUAAUACAAUGUUUUGUUUUAUCUGAAUGGAGCGUGGAUCAAAAUGAACCCAAAGCAAUCUUUCUAUACGUUUACCCCAUUACAUGUCAAAUAUUCUACAAUUUGAUCAAGUCUCCAUUCAAUCUGUCUGUCUCUCUUUUUUGUUCCUCCCCUCCUCUCGUAAUCUUUUUUUGACUUUUAAAAUUGCAAAUAGUUGUAGUAUUUGUAUGCAAUACAUUUAAUAUAGAAAGUAAGCAACCCAACAAGUGACUAUAUAUAUAUAUGAACGUCUCCUGAUGACCAAUAUAGAAAUCAAAUAGGCUACAUAGUUGGAAGCAAAAGAUGGAGAAGCUCCAUUCUCUUUGUAAAAACAAAAUUGUGGAAUUACUGGUAGCAAAAAUUAGAGUAAAGCUCAAAUAACACUAAACUAAGUAUCAUGCUGAAGUACAACCAGAAGAACAUCCCUAUAGAAUUUAAAGAUUAAAAAUUUAAAGGUGAAAAAAAUCGAUGUACACUUUUAAGCCCAAUUGACCCGGAACCAGAAGCACACUGGACUGAAGUGAGGGACAUUUCCAUGGAAGAAUGCAAAAAAGACACUUUCUGCAGCCAAAAAGACCUCAGAGUCAAUGGAUGACAUGAAACUCUUCAAGUAGUUAUGCUUACGUUGUUAGUAUUGUUAUUUUUGCCUAUGUUGUGAUUCUGUAUGUGCUGGUGUUGAUACUUGGAAACUGUCCUGAGUCCCUUCGGCGAGAUAGAGCAGUAUAUAAAUAAAAUUAUUAUUAUUAUUA